UGAAGUUCUGAUUCCAAACGCCAGGUGGCGCUCGUGAGCCAUGACCCUCUUGGUCUGUGUGUCGCCAUUCACGUAGUCGCAGGCGGCCGCUUGCAGGUGGGACAAUGUGGAUAUAGCCAUGGCAGACACGUUUUUCGGCUUCGACGCAGACAUACCCGGGGAAGAUGACCUCGGGUUGUCAGCUGAGGCAGAGUUGGAGGAAGACUUUGACCGACUGAAUGAUGAUACCUUUGGAUCCGGGGCCAUUGAUGAUGGGGACUGGGAGACAAAUCACAAGAAGCUAGCAGAACUCGAGGAGCUCAGGAAGAGAGAUGGCGGCAGCCAGGCCAUCCCCUUUUCCCAGGAUGCCCUGGGGCAGGUCAGAGGUCAGGGCCUGGCGGAGGACAUGGAGCGCAGCAUCAAUCAGCUGAUGCUGGAGGAUGAGUUCGAUGACCCCGCCAUCAUGAGCAUACGGAAAGGGCCGCUGUCUCCGGACCGGUACAACACUGCAUCACCACCUGCACUGCUGCAGGCGGAAACGUUGAUUUCUCCCGGACGACAGAGUAUCUGGAGCUCGCCGUCGCGCAGUGCCCUGAUGGGAAACAAGGUCACGAUCCUGCAGCGCCCGUCCGAGCCCGCCGAGCCGCGUACGCUUCCCAUGGAGGUAGGGAUUUCAUCCGCUUUCCAGGACUCUGCGAUUGUCUCUGCUGUUCCAAGAAAGUCAUCCCCUCCCCUGGUGCCCUCAUCUGCGCGCACGCUCGAGGAAAUAGAACGCGACCUCCGGGGGUCGGGAAACAGGGCUGCACCUUCCCCACCCCUGGGGAGAGCCAUCUCCCCCGGGGGUGUGUCCUUCGCUUCCCCGCAGGGUAACCAUCACCCCAGGGGUGGACUCGGUAUGCACCCCAUAGGAACCCCUCCCCGGACCAAUCACAUGCCUCCAGGGAUGCCCAUGCAGGGCCCAGGUGGCAUGCCUUUACAGCGACCACUUCAGUCUCCCCACUCCCUUCCCCCUGGCCCCCACCCCCCUCCUCCUGGCCCCCACCCCCCUCCAGGAUUCCACAACGCCCGACCCGGAAUGUCCACCCCACCCCCUCAACACCCCCUCCCUCGCGGCCACCCCACCCCUCCCAUGCGCCCGCCCUUCCCCAGAACACCCCUCCGUCCCGGAAUGGUUGGUCCCAUGGGGUUCUCCCCCCACAUGAUGAGAGGAGGAGAGCGGAUGUCACCACACAUGAUGAGAGGGGGGGACAGGGUGUCGUCCCCUGGUCCGGGCCCUGGCCCUGGGCUCAUGCCAUUUAUGCCAAGAUCACCCUUCCAACAUGGUAGAAUGCCCCCUCCCCCCCACCAGGGCCCCCCUGGCGGCUCCCCUAUGAAUGACACGGCGCUGUUACACCCCUACCAUCGGCAGAUCCUACAGCAGAGGGAACAGCAGUUCAGGCAGAGGCAGAGAGGUGGCCACCACCCCGGCGGGCGGGGCAUGCCCGGACCUGGUCCCCAUGGUAACCGGAACUGGCGUGACGGGCCGGGAGGGUUCCAUGGCGGGGAGCCUCGUGACGAGUACGCGGGCCUGAUGACUCAGCGUGAGAAGGAGUGGGUGGUGAAGAUCCAGAUGUUACAGCUACAGAGCAGCAACCCCAUGAUGGAGGACUACUACUAUCAGGCCUACAUGUCUAAGAAGAUGGCCCAGGAGGCAGAGAGACCCCCCUCCCAGGGUACCAGUGGGGAGGGGGAUGGACCUGGCUCCAGCCCCCCGAAACUCAUCACCCCCCAACUUAAACAAGAACACAAGACUUAUAAACCAGCCCAUUUCGAGCACACCCUCGGGCGAGUGUCCGUCUCGAGCGUGAACAACCCUCGGAAGCUGAUCGACUUCGCGGCCCACGCAGAGGAGGACCACGACAUGAAGUCUGGUAUCGGGAAGGACCACCGGCGCCGGGAGCUGCUGCUGCUGAUAGAGAAAACUUACUCUGUCAUGCUGGAGCUAGAGGACAUCGAGAAAAAAGUCAUGAGUGUUUCUGAGGAAGAAAGGAGAAGUCUCCUAGAGGCCAGGAUAGGGAUGGUUCACCAGAUCUACAACAACUUUGGGCUUACAGCUGAUGGAAGCAAUGAUGACCAGUUUCUCCACUGGAUGUGUAUCCGGAAGGGGAAGUCUCUGGUGGGGCGCGUCCUUCCCAUCCUGCCCCGGGACAACGCAGCGACCGUGGUCACCUGUGUGCUACGGAACCUCGCUAUCCUUAUUAGGAAGGACACUCAGGAUGAGAUGCUCCCUCACCUGUCGUCCUCGGUCAGUCAUGUGAUCAGGAACUCCCAUCUGGACCACCUUACCUCGUUCCUACAGGCCAUCAUACAGGGGAAUGAUGGGGCAAACCUUACUGCAGCUGUACAGAACAAGUUUGGCAUGUCUGUCCUGUGUUCCCUGCUGACCAGAGCAGAGACCCUGUUUAACACAGAUGUGGACACGCCCUUGGAGGAAGAGGCUCUAUGGGGAGACCUUGUUGGGCAGGUGUGUAAAGAGCUCCUGUCUGUACCAGAAGCUAACCUGGCCUCGCCUGUCAAACCUCCCACCGGUAUCACCAACCACGUGUCACGCUUUGUGGACAAACAGACGUCAACAGCGCUGGAACAAAGGCUCAGGUCUCUACACGGUGUUUGAUAUGACACGUAAUGUGGCCAGGGGACGGCUCGCAAUUCACGGAAGAAAAUCAAGCAACAAAGUCCAAAGACGAAGGGUCCUUUAAGUUGUAUUAUUAUUGAAAAGAAAUCAUGAUAUGGUAAUAAAAUUGUCAGCGGUAAUGACUGAGAGAUGAUCAGAGAUAUUUUGUACAAGGCUGUUCAAAAGAAUCUACAAUAGCGUAAUUUAAAAAAAAACUUGUAUCAUUAACAAAGAAAGUUAAGAUGAUAUGAAAGGAAGGUGCUAUCAAGUUUUGUUUUUUCCCUUUUGUAGUUUGUGCUAUAGAAAUGCAAAUUUUAAAUAAGUGUAAAAAAUGACCUUCCAUUUUUGUUGUCAUGACAUUUUGAGGCAUUUUUUGCUCCAUGUAAGAUGUAGGAACAGUCAGAAUAAAAAAAAGUAUGAUAAAAAAGCACCUUUCCUGAUACAAAACCUUUUGUGAUUCUUACAGUUAAUAAAAUUUUGAUGGCAAUUUGAUUUUCUUUCAUAAUCUGUAUUACUUGAGGACGGAAAAAAGUACUUAAGAUAUAGAUACAUCCCACUUUCAUAAAGCUACUUUAUGUCCUGAUUUGGAUAUCUUGUUACUCUGAUUUAAAAUUUUUUGAUGCACUGAGAAAGUGGAGAUCUGAAAUGGACUGCUUUAAAUUUGUAUAUGUAUUUAUUAGCAAAUAGAUUGGAACUUGAAGAGUAAUUGGUUUACCUACAUUGUGUGAAAAUCACCCUGUACUCUACUGUGACUCUAAGGGUAUAGCUUACAAUGGAAUGUUGUUUAUGAAGUUUAGCCUUUUUCCGUUUGUAUCAUUUAUGAUCUUUUGUACAAUUUCUACAUGACUUGUGCAUUACAGGCAUAUAAUGUUAUAUUACAGGCAUAUCGUACCCAUGUAUGAAUACUGUAAACAUUGAUACGGACAUUCAACUACAGUUUUGUAUUUCUUUAGUACAGUUAUUAGACAAGUUGUCACUUUUGAUCUUAAGGAUCACAUUUUGUAACAAAUACGUAUUCUUUAAGCACAGUAUGCUUGUACAUUGGCAGCUUCAAACUCUGUAUAAUGUUAAACGCUACAUGUUUUUGAAUGCAUAACAGUGCAAAGACCAAAUAAUUCUUACCACAUUUAUUUCAAUGAUGACUUAGUGGUUUGUGUUAGCAAUUUUGAUUAAUUAACUUUCAAUGCAAGAUUGCAGGAAUGUCCAUAACAAAUGUGUAGCAUAUAUUUAAGACAAACUUUGUACGAAUGUACAUAUGCUUUGCUAUAAACCUAGUCAAGCUUUUGAAAGCACUUGAAAGUUGCCAGUAUGAUUUUCUGUUCAAAUUCUAAUUUUAUCAUAUCACACAGCAUAUAUGAAAAGAGCAUGGUGAGAGAAGAAAAAAAUUAGCAUAGAACAAAACGAGAAAAAAAAUUAUUACUAUUAUAGGUAUUGAAGCUGAUUAACCUUACAAAGUAGUAGAGUAUGAACUUGUAGAUCAACAUUAUGUGGUGGGUGAGGGCAACAUUUGUUCAGAUGCCCCAGGUGCAUUUAUUAAGCCUGCUUGACACUCACAGGAAACGUUCUGUCUCAUGUGGUCGUCUGACGUUUGUGCCAACUCGUGUACGUGGCGAGAGAAAAACGAUUUGUGAAGGCCGGACUGUGUCACGGUUAUUGCUCCAGUGUUGAUUUGAUUGCUCUUUAUAUAGUAGCUAUAGGCCAUGUAAAACUGCUGUUAGUCUCUAGAUAUGCUAUUGUUUAUAUUAAGUAGAAUCCCUUCACUUAUGGAAUGAUUGUGAUUCGCUAUUAUAUUUCAGUAGGUAGACGCUAGGAAGUUUUCCUUUGAAUAGUUUUCUUAUGCAGGGAUUCUUUCUGUCAGAUAAAGCAUUGUGUUAUGGUAGCUGGUAUUGAAACAAUGGCAAGACAACGAACAGCUAGUGUAGAAGAAUGUGUGAUGAUGUGACCAUGUGUCCACGAACGUUUCCUCAGAAGACAUUGUGAGUCUUUAAGUGUGUGGUUGUGCCUCAAGGCUUGAGACGCUUUCCCCAAGUACAUUUAUUUUGGAAUAAGGGGAAAGUGGUUCGUUUGGAAAAGGAACCUUAUUAAAGAAUGUAUUUGUGUUAUCUGGAGCAAGGGAAUAUAAUUAAAACACAAUGAGCAUCA